CCUGGUUCUGUAGACAGGAGGCGGGUCUUUUUUCACCGGUUUCGAUCGGAUGUCGUUUGGCCGGACCGGAUGGCGUUCGCGUAGAGGAAGUUUUGUUUUGCGAGUUUUCCGUCUGAUUCGACUGACUGAGUAUCUGUCCAAAGCGCUUCUAUAGAACACGGAAUGAUAGUUGGGUAAAUCGCAUAAGCGGUGAACGCACGAGUUGUUAAGGGGAGCAGAGAAGCCCGAGCUGUUGCAGCGGCAGAACUCAACACUUCAGAGUAACCCGAGAGCACCUUGCUUGCUAAGCUAACGUUACCUAUAUAGUUAGCGUGGCUAGCGUUAGCCUCUGGUCUGCGUUCUGUUGAAGGGGCUCUCGGAGCUAACGAAGCCAUGGGGAACCGGGGCAUGGAAGACCUGAUUCCCCUGAUCAACAAGCUUCAAGACGCUUUCAGCUCCAUUGGCCAAAGUUGCAAUUUGGACCUUCCUCAGAUUGCUGUGGUCGGUGGACAGAGCGCUGGGAAAAGCUCAGUCUUGGAGAAUUUUGUUGGCAGGGACUUUCUUCCACGUGGGUCAGGCAUUGUUACCCGCAGACCUCUCAUUUUGCAGCUGGUCAACAAUAAAGCAGAAUAUGCUGAAUUCCUGCACUGCAAAGGGAAGAAGUUUGUGGAUUUUGAUGAGGUGCGGGCAGAAAUUGAGGCGGAGACCGACAGGAUAACGGGCUCCAACAAAGGCAUCUCCACCAUCCCAAUUAACUUGAGGGUCUACUCCCCACAUGUGCUGAACCUGACCCUGAUUGACCUCCCGGGAAUGACGAAGGUCGCGGUGGGAGACCAGCCUGUAGACAUUGAGCACCAGAUCAGAGACAUGCUGUUACAGUUUAUCACCAAGGAGAGCUGUCUGAUCCUGGCUGUCACCCCUGCAAACACUGACCUGGCCAACUCGGAUGCUCUGAAGAUCUCCAAGGAGGUUGACCCACAGGGUGUGCGCACCAUUGGUGUUAUAACAAAGCUGGACCUGAUGGAUGAGGGGACUGAUGCAAAGGACAUCCUGGAAAACAAACUCUUGCCCCUGCGCAGAGGCUACAUUGGUGUGGUGAACCGCAGUCAGAAAGACAUUGAUGGGAAGAAGGACAUCCGUGCUGCUCUGGCUGCAGAGAGGAAGUUCUUUCUGUCCCACCCUGCUUACAGACAUAUAGCAGAGCGAAUGGGCACACCACAUCUACAAAAGACGCUCAACCAGCAAUUGACCAACCACAUCAGGGACACCUUGCCUGGUCUGCGCAGUAAGCUGCAGAGCCAGCUCCUCUCUCUUGAGAAGGAGGUAGAGGAGUACAAGAACUUCCGUCCAGAUGAUCCAACACGCAAGACCAAGGCCUUGCUGCAAAUGGUGCAGCAGUUUGGCGUAGACUUCGAGAAGUGCAUUGAGGGCUCAGGGGACCAGGUGGACACUAACGAGCUGUCAGGCGGCGCCAAAAUCAACCGCAUCUUCCAUGAACGCUUCCCCUUUGAACUUGUCAAGAUUGUGUUUGACGAGAAGGAGCUAAGGCGAGAAAUCAGUCACGCAAUCAAGAACGUCCAUGGUGUCAGAACGGGGCUUUUCACUCCAGACCUGGCGUUUGAGGCCAUCGUGAAAAAGCAGAUCGUUAAGCUGAAAACGCCCAGUCUCAAAUGUAUCGAUCUGGUCAUUCAGGAGCUCAUCAACACAGUCAGGCAGUGCUCCAACAAGCUAGGUUCUUACCCCAGACUAAGAGAGGAGACGGAGAGGAUCGUCACGACCUACGUCAGAGAAAGAGAAGGGAAGACCAAGGACCAGGUUCUGCUGCUGAUUGACAUUGAACUGUCCUACAUCAACACCAACCACGAGGACUUCAUAGGCUUUGCUAACGCCCAGCAAAGGAACACAGCUGCAAACAAGAAGAGGGCCAUACCUAACCAGGGUGAGAUUCUGGUGAUCCGGAAAGGCUGGCUAACCAUCAACAUCAGCAUCAUGAAGGGAGGCUCCAAGGAGUACUGGUUUGUCCUGACCGCUGAGACCCUGUCCUGGUACAAAGACGAGGAGGAGAAAGAAAAGAAGUACAUGCUUCCUCUGGAUAACCUGAAGAUUAGAGAUGUAGAGAAAGGAUUUAUGUCUACAAAGCACAUCUUUGCAAUCUUCAACACAGAGUCAAGGAACGUAUACAAGGACCUCCGUCAAGUAGAACUGGCUUGUGAUUCCCAGGAGGAUGUGGACAGCUGGAAAGCAUCCUUCCUUAGGGCGGGAGUUUAUCCAGAGAAGGACCAGGUGGAUAAUGAAGAGGCUGCCCCUGCAGACACUUUCUCCAUGGACCCUCAGCUGGAGCGGCAGGUGGAAACCAUCCGCAACCUGGUGGAUUCGUACAUCGGCAUCAUCAACAAAUCCGCCAGAGACCUCGUGCCCAAGACCAUCAUGCAUCUCAUGAUCAACAGUGCAAAGGACUUCAUCCACUCAGAGCUGCUGGCUUACCUCUACUCGUCCGGGGACCAGAACAGCCUCAUGGAAGAGUCAGCUGACCAGGCUCAGCGGAGGGACGAAAUGUUGCGCAUGUAUCAUGCACUCAAGGAGGCACUGACCAUAAUUGGGGACAUUAGCGCAAACACCAUCACCACCCCAGUACCCCCACCUGUGAAUGACACCUGGAUGCAAGAGGCCAGCCCCACCCCUCAGCGCAGGCCGCCUCCCUCUGCAGCCCCGCCCCCCAGCCGUCCACCUGCUGUCCGGGGCCCAACACCAGGACCACCAUUAAACCCUUCUCCUGCCUUUGGAGCUCCUCUUAACCCCUCUCCUGCUUUUGGGGCGCCACCAAUCCCCUCUCGCCCAGGCCCACCCAUCAAUGCCUUCAACAGCCACCAGGAUCCCUUCAGUGCACCCCCACAGAUCCCCUCCCGGCCAGCCCGCGUCCCACCCGGUGUGCCCAGCCGAAGACCCCCUGGCGCUCCUUCUCACCGGCCCACCAUUAUCCGCCCUGCUGAGCCCUCCCUUCUAGACUAGACCUGUGUGUCCAGGCCCUCUUAAGUGUGUGUUUGUGUUUGGGUGUGUGUAUCUGCACACUAAAGGCCAGGGGCAGGGGCUCAAGGGGAGGGGCCGAUUCAUAGUGGUGCAUAAUGUGCAUUGUCCAGCAUACUAGUAUGUCUCUUCAAGCAAUGUAAUAAGCUGCUAAUACCGUCGUUACCAGUGCACAUGAGCAAGAGAAAGCCCUUAACCACUUGAAUAUAACAUUUGAUUGCUGUGGAAAUUGUUCAAUGCACAUAAAACCCAGGUGAUGUUUGAGACUCAUAUAGCUUCUGUCAUCAGAAGAGGACGUUUCAAACUCAGUUUCUUUUUUUCAAGAAAACAACUGGUUCAUUUCUUUUGACAGUCAGAAUCUCAGUCUAUAACUUAUGAACAGUUACAAGCUUUUUCCUCUCCCCUCCCUCCAGACCUCUGUGUUAUAUACACACUUAACUUGUGGAUAAUGUUUCACUCGGUUUGCAUUUAAUAACUGAUUUCAUACUGAAAACCCACAGCUUAUUAUCACUGUUGUUAUUUUGGCGGUGUCGAUUAGUUUUCCCCUUUGUGUUAUUUUAUCUGAGUGACUUUGUCCUUUGAAAUAAACUCAAUAAAUGUAGCUUUAAGAAAUACAUCUCAGAUAGAAAGGAAGCGUGAAUACACAAGGCAGGGUUGUGUGAUACUCAGAGCAGACCCCGUGACAAAAAGGAUUGACCGAUACAUUUCAAGCACUUCUGACCGUGUUUCGUUUCAAAGAGCCUUUCAUAGCAGGGAUGUUGUAGUCCGUUACCAGGACACUAUGCACAGACACCCGGGAGAGGGAGAGAGACUGAGGGCUCUGCACUUUGUGGGAUGCUUUCUCUCCACUAAUUCUGAGUUUAUAAAGCUUUGAAUUGUAAUCCCUUUAGUCUCAUUUGAACUCGAAUGGGUCUUUUAUCUUUCAGGUAGAUUUUAUUCCUGUCCCUUCCUGGAUUAGUUGAAGCUUACAGAGCAGAGCACAGAUUCCUGUCAGAGAGGAUAAAACUCAGUGAAGUGGUGGGUAGUGUAGAUGAAGAUGUAUCUUUGGGUGAGGGUACAAAGAUGGAACGAAGCAUUUAGGUGUUGGUACAUCUCUGUCUGGGCCCAGGUGACACAACAUUUAUUAUUAGUAUCAUUUUUGCUUCCAUGCAUUAAAAGAACUUUGUAUAUAGCUGGUCUAUUCUGGGGAGUUAGCACUUGUAUCUCAUUUUAAUUGCAGGGUUGAUGAAAAAGACAUGAUUAUUACAAAGCCCAACACAUAGACAUGCUUAGUCGUCCCAUUAAAAGAAGCACUAACUGUCAUGCAUCGAUUAGCUUUUGACGUAGGGAAACAGAGAUCAUUCAUCUCCUUGUGCAUUAUUUAUAACCCGGGCAUUUGUCUUUUAUUAUAAUGUUUUUGGUUGCAAUUGUAUCAGCUCUGUACAACUCAGCUCCCAAGCUUCUCCUGGACUGUUAUUUGGGGGUUCUGCUACAGGGUUUAGCUGUCAAAAAGUGUUGUAUUUUGGGGGAGGGUACAUGGGGCUGGAUAAUUUCCACACAGCUCUGAUAUUUUUUUGAUAAUAAUGAAUAUGUUAUGAUUGCUUUUUUAGGGUAUUUGAACAGCUCAAAACAACCUUUCAAAGCAGGGAGUGAUGAUGGGCUACAAAGAUGUUCUCUGUUUCUGGUUUGAUCAGUAGUGGUGGUGAGCAGGUGGUGGGAAUUGUGGUGUAUGAAGGCACACUCUGUCUGAGAGGCUGUCUAGACGUUUCUCUCCUCAUACUGCAGAGGAUAGAAACUCAAUCAGACAACCUGAUAAGAAACCUAAAAAACAAAAGAUCCUAAACUACUCUAAAGCAGACUCUACAGAUGGCGUGCGUUUCUUCUAUCCCUGUAUUGUUUCUCGGGUCUUGUUGUAGAUGACAGUGCUGAAAGGAGCAAAGUAAGCUUAUGAAGAAUCUUUAAAUUAAAGACCCCACAUAGCAGAUCACCAAAAAAAACCUAGUAGACAAACAGUAGUAGUUAAAUAUGGGAAAACCUAUUGGCCAAAGUUUGUUUGGAAAAAAAAAAAAAAUCCUUGUGCCUGUCACGUCAACCUACCCCUGAGACCCAGACUGUAAAUACCCUGUGAUACAUUAGGUUGUGGCAACACUGCCUUCCCUUCCUAAUGGAUGUACCCUGCCUCCUUCCUCUUUUCUUCCCCUGCCUGAAUCUAGUUGAAGGGGUCGGAAACAGAACCUGCAAAAAUCUCUUUUUCUUUUUGUUUUGCAAACCCUUGUCAAGUGCCUCUGUUGCAGUUAAUGAUUUGAAUAAAGAACAUGAUCUGAUUUUAGUAUGCAAGUAAAUAAAGAGGUGUUGUGUACAAUAAAGGGACUGGCUCUGGUG